ACUCUGGGAAGAGCGCGCGCAUCAGUCAUGUUGUUUACCACACUAAUUUGCUUGCUGUCGCUCGCCGUGGCCGUACCCCUGCCUACGGAUGCAGAUAUUGAAGCCGUUGAACCUGAAGCUCCUGCUCCGGAAGCCCCAGCAGAGCCUGAAGCCCCCGUCGCCGCACAGCAAGCCCCUUCCCCAAGAAAGACCUCGCCCGUAAGAAAAGAUCCUCAAGACUUUGUUGCCAUCCUCCGCGACGACCGCCAGGACGAUGGCGACGGCAACUUCAACUACGCUUUCGAGGCUGACAACGGCAUCAACGUGGCUGUCAUAGGCACGCCGGGCGCCGCUGGGCAGAGCAACAUGGAAGGAUCCUUCAGCUUCGUCCUCCCCGACGGCACCAUCGCAGAAGUCCGCUUCAUCGCCAACGAGAACGGCUUCCAGCCCCAGUCCGACCUCCUCCCCACCCCCCACCCCCUCCCCGCCCACGCCCUCGAGCAGAUCCGAUUCGCCGAGGAGCAGCGCGCCCUUGGAAUCGCUGAGGAAUAACUGAGUGAUGAUGUUCCUAUUUUAAACUGGACCGAAGAGUGAAGAAUUAAAAGAAAGGAUCACGAGGAUGAAAAAGAAAAACAACGGGUCGAGGAAAAAUAUGAUAAUUAUUAGAUAAUUUUGUUGACUGAUUAGGAUAUGACGACAAACGAACUUCCUCAUGAAGGGCCAGGCAAUUCUCCUAUUAUUAUUACUCUAUGAUUUUUCGUAAUUAUUAUCAAAUAUUUUCCUUUGUACUUAUAUUUUUUUUGUUGAAACUAAAUAACUUUUUUCUUUCCACGAAUCUGUCAAUCUUGCUUUUGGUUGAUUCAGGUUUUUGUUUAUAUGAAUGAAAGUGAAGCAUUGAGCAA